AAAAGACAAGUCAUCAAUGGAAUAUAGCUUGAUAGAUUGGUAAUAGCUGGAAGAAGAAACAUACACUCCGAGAGAGACUGUGAGAGAUGGCGUAUUGAAUGGGCGAAGAUUUCACAGUCUGCAUUGUUCAUCUCCUCUUCUCUCAAGGCAGAUCUGCUCUCUCUAAUUCAUAGUCUUGUGAAAGCAGUGAAUUCAGCAACACCAUGCAGGCAAAUGCGGGUAUGGUGGCCGGGUCGCACCGGAGGAACGAGCUUGUCCGGAUUCGUCACGAUUCCGAUAGUGGGCCCAAACCUUUCAAGAAUUUGAAUGGUCAGAUUUGCCAGAUCUGUGGUGAUAAUGUUGGAGUUACAGUGGCCAGUGACGUCUUUGUUGCUUGCAAUGAGUGUGCCUUCCCAGUUUGCCGGCCUUGUUACGAGUAUGAGAGGAAAGAUGGAACACAGUGUUGUCCUCAAUGCAAGACCAGAUAUAAACGACAAAAAGGGAGUCCUCGUGUGGAGGGGGAUGAUGAAGAGGAUGACAUUGAUGACCUAGAGAAUGAGUUCAAUUAUACCCACGAUAAUAGCAAGGCUAGACGUCACUGGCAGGGUGAAGAAGAUCUUUCUUCUUCCCCUAGACAUGAAUCUCGGCAGCCAAUUCCUCUUCUUACCAAUGGGCAGGCGAUUUCUGGAGAAAUUCCUACCCCUGAUAACCAGUCUGUGCGAACUACAUCGGGUCCUUUGGGUCCUGUUGAGAGGAAUGGGCAAUCGUCUCCUUAUACUGAUCCAAGGCAGCCAGUACCUGUGCGAAUUGUGGACCCAUCGAAGGACUUAAAUUCUUAUGGCCUUGGUAAUGUUGAUUGGAAAGAAAGGGUAGAAGGUUGGAAACUCAAACAGGAGAAGAAUAUGUUGCAGAUGACCAAUAAGUAUUCUGAAGGGAAGGGUGAUAUAGAAGGCACUGGUUCAAAUGGAGAAGAACUCCAAAUGGCUGAUGAUGCUCGGCAACCCCUGAGCCGUGUGGUGCCUAUUCCUUCAUCUCACUUGACCCCAUAUCGUGUUGUCAUCAUUCUCCGGCUUAUCAUUUUGUGUUUCUUCAUGCAAUAUCGUGUGACUCACCCCGUGGAUAAUGCAUAUCCUUUGUGGCUUAUCUCUGUUAUCUGUGAGAUUUGGUUUGCCAUAUCCUGGCUUCUGGAUCAGUUUCCGAAAUGGUCUCCUAUUAACCGUGAGACCUACCUCGACAGACUUGCAUUAAGGUAUGAUCGAGAAGGGGAGCCGUCACAGUUAGCCCCUGUGGAUAUCUUUGUUAGUACCGUGGAUCCCCUCAAGGAGCCUCCUCUUGUGACAGCCAAUACUGUUUUAUCUAUACUUGCUGUGGAUUAUCCUGUGGACAAAGUUUCGUGCUAUGUUUCUGAUGAUGGGUCAGCUAUGCUAACGUUUGAAGCCCUUUCUGAGACUGCAGAAUUUGCAAGAAAAUGGGUCCCUUUUUGCAAGAAACAUAACAUUGAGCCUAGAGCCCCUGAAUUUUAUUUUGCCCAAAAGAUUGAUUACUUAAAGGACAAGAUACAACCGUCUUUUGUUAAAGAGCGCCGAGCAAUGAAGAGAGAGUAUGAAGAAUUUAAGGUGCGGAUCAAUGCCCUUGUCGCCAAGGCACAGAAGAUGCCUGAGGAAGGCUGGACAAUGCAGGAUGGCACUCCUUGGCCUGGAAAUAAUCCAAGGGAUCAUCCAGGAAUGAUACAGGUGUUCUUAGGUCACAGUGGGGGACUUGACACUGAUGGGAAUGAGCUACCUCGACUUGUAUAUGUUUCUCGUGAAAAGAGACCUGGUUUCCAACAUCACAAGAAAGCCGGAGCAAUGAAUGCAUUGAUUCGAGUUUCAGCUGUCUUGACAAAUGGUGCUUAUCUUUUGAAUGUCGAUUGUGAUCAUUACUUCAAUAACAGUAAAGCUCUUAAAGAAGCUAUGUGUUUUAUGAUGGAUCCUGCACUUGGAAAGAAGACCUGCUAUGUACAGUUCCCUCAGCGUUUUGAUGGCAUUGACUUGCAUGAUCGAUAUGCUAAUCGCAAUAUAGUUUUCUUUGAUAUCAACUUGAAGGGGCUGGAUGGCAUACAAGGUCCAGUCUAUGUGGGAACUGGUUGCUGUUUCAACAGGCAAGCUCUUUAUGGGUACGAUCCAGUCUUAACAGAGGAGGAUUUGGAACCAAACAUUGUAGUCAAGAGUUGCUGUGGUUCAAGAAAGAAGGGAAGGAAUGGCAAUAAGAAGUACAUUGACAAGAAGAGGGCACUGAAAAGAACUGAAUCUACUGUUCCCAUAUUCAAUAUGGAAGAUGUUGAGGAAGGCGUUGAAGGAUACGACGAUGAAAGGUCACUUCUUAUGUCCCAAAAAAGCCUAGAGAAGCGUUUUGGUCAGUCUCCAGUUUUCAUUGCGGCGACCUUCAUGGAACAGGGAGGCAUUCCACCUACAACCAAUUCUGCAACCCUUUUAAAAGAAGCUAUCCAUGUUAUUAGCUGUGGUUAUGAAGAUAAGACUGAAUGGGGAAAAGAGAUUGGAUGGAUUUAUGGCUCUGUGACUGAAGAUAUUUUAACUGGGUUUAAAAUGCAUGCUCGUGGUUGGAUCUCAAUCUAUUGCAUGCCUCCACGCCCUGCAUUCAAGGGAUCUGCUCCUAUCAAUCUUUCUGAUCGGUUGAACCAGGUGCUCCGAUGGGCCUUGGGAUCGAUUGAGAUUUUUCUAAGCAGGCAUUGUCCUCUAUGGUACGGCUAUAAUGGGAGAUUGAAGCCCUUGGAAAGGCUAGCCUACAUCAAUACCAUUGUCUAUCCCCUAACCUCUAUGCCAUUGCUUGCUUACUGUAUGCUUCCUGCUUUCUGCCUUCUCACUGGAAAGUUUAUUAUUCCUGAGAUAAGCAACUAUGCCAGCAUGUGGUUCAUUCUUCUCUUCAUGUCCAUUUUUGCUACCAGUAUUCUUGAGCUCAGGUGGAGUGGCGUCAGUAUUGAUGACUGGUGGAGGAAUGAACAAUUUUGGGUCAUUGGUGGUACAUCUGCUCAUCUCUUUGCCGUAUUCCAAGGGCUGCUGAAAGUGCUUGCCGGCAUUGACACCAACUUCACUGUGACCUCUAAGGCAUCAGAUGAGGAUGGGGAUUUCGCAGAGCUUUAUGUGUUCAAAUGGACAUCUCUUCUUAUCCCUCCUACCACAGUUCUCAUUGUGAACCUGGUGGGUAUUGUGGCUGGUAUUUCAUAUGCAGUCAACAGUGGAUACCAGUCAUGGGGCCCUCUAUUUGGCAGGCUAUUCUUUGCUUUGUGGGUCGUUGUCCAUCUCUAUCCCUUCCUGAAAGGUUUAUUGGGUCGUCAAAAUCGUACUCCUACAAUUGUCAUUGUGUGGUCUAUUCUCCUUGCUUCGAUUUUCUCCUUGCUUUGGGUUCGAAUCGAUCCUUUUACUUCUGAUGCCACGAAAAGCGCAGCAAACGGUCAAUGCGGAAUAAAUUGCUAG